AUGAACGUGGAAGCGAAGUACCGCCAGGCGUCGCUGUACGUGGGUGAUCUCCAUGCAGACGUCACCGAGGACUUGCUGUUCAAAAAGUUCAGCACUGUGGGGCCCGUGCUGUCCAUCCGCAUCUGCAGGGACCUGGUCACCCGCCGCUCUCUGGGCUAUGCGUACGUGAACUUCCUGAAGCUGGCCGAUGCCCAGAGAGCGCUGGACACCAUGAACUUUGACAUGAUAAAAGGCAAACCCGUCCGCCUCAUGUGGUCUCAGCGCGAUGCCUGCUUAAGGAAAUCGGGCAUCGGGAACGUGUUCAUCAAGAAUCUGGACAAAUCUAUUGAUAACAAAACCCUUUAUGAACAUUUUUCAGCUUUUGGGAAGAUCCUGUCCUCUAAGGUGAUGAGUGAUGAUCAAGGAUCUCGGGGCUAUGCUUUUGUGCACUUUCAGAACCAGAUCGCAGCCGACAGGGCCAUCGAGGAGAUGAACGGAGCUCUGCUCAAGGACUGCAGGCUGUUUGUUGGCAGAUUCAAAAACCGUAAAGAUCGGGAAGCCGAGCUCCGCAGCAAGGCCAACGAGUUCACCAAUGUUUACAUCAAAAACUUUGGAGACGAGAUAAAUGAUGAGAGACUGAAGGAAAUGUUCAGUAAAUAUGGCAAAACCCUGAGUGUGAAGGUGAUGACAGAUUCCAGUGGGAAAUCCAAAGGCUUUGGCUUUGUGAGUUUUGAUUGCCACGAGGCUGCCAAACAGGCCGUUGAAGAAAUGAAUGGAAAGGAUAUAAACGGACAGCUGCUUUUUGUAGGCCGGGCACAAAAGAAAUCAGAGCGACAGGCUGAGUUAAAGCAAAUGUUUGAGCAGCGGAAACAGGAAAGAUUCCGGAGGUGCCAAGGCAUGAAGCUCUAUAUUAAGAACCUCGAUGACACCAUUGAUGAUGAAAAACUGUGGAGGGAAUUUUCUUCCUUUGGAUCAAUUAGCAGAGUCAAGAUAAUGCGGGAAGAAGGGCGGAGCAAAGGGUUUGGCUUGAUCUGCUUCUCUUCUCCUGAAGAGGCCACGAAAGCAAUGGCAGAGAUGAAUGGCCGCAUCUUGGGCUCCAAGCCACUCUACAUUGCCCUGGCCCAGAAGCCCUAGCAGAGAAGCCCUUGCCAAGGAAGCCAGUGUUUGCAGCAGCCCUGGGAAUGAGAGCGAUCCCUGCCUGAAGUAGCCUCAGCACCU